AUGGCGGUCAGUCCUGGUCAGAUGGGGCAGUUGGCGCAGCUGUUGACACAGACAGUGGCAGGAAACAUGCAGGCCAUGAAAGGUGCUGAACAACAGCUGCGAUCGGCCGAAGUGCAGCCUGGGUUUGGAUUGGUUCUUCUAGAGCUCCUGCGUUCUGGCAGUGUGGAAGCGGCUGCUAGGCAAGCUGGAGCGAUUUAUUUCAAGAACUAUAUUCGGCGACAGUGGUGCGUCGAAGGUGCUGGUGGCAUUUCAGCUUCCGACAGACAGGCCAUCAAGCAGCAUAUCCUUUCACUUAUGCUUCAAGCGCCGAAACAGGUGCAGGUGCAGUUGUCUGCUGGUUUGGAAGAGAUUUCCAUCACCGACUACCCUGCAGAGUGGCAGUCGCUGUUGCCUGAGAUUGUGCAGCACCUGAAAUCAUCGCAGGACAUGUCCGUUCUGAAGGGAACGAUGCAGACAGCGCACACUGUGUUUCUAAAGUUUCGAGCACAGGCAAGAUCUGAGGAUCUACUCAGAGAAGUGAAGUACACUGUGGAAGGCUUUCAAGCGACCCAUCUUACAGUUUUCACGGCAACCUGCAGACAAGUUCUUGCUGGCGGUUUACCGGCUGAUCAGCUGAUUGCUCAUUUUGAGCUCCUGUUAGCCACCAUCGGUGCGUUCUUCUCGCUGAACGUUAUAGACCUCCCUGAGUUCUUUGAGGAUCACAGAGAGGACUACUUCCGAGGUUUUCUGGAGUUGCUGAAGUUUCAGCAUGAGGCCGUGGCUGGGAAAGAGCAGCAGGGACUCCUUGAGCAGGUGAAAGGCGCCAUUUGUGAGUGUUUCGUGCUCUACGCUGAUAAGUAUCAGGAGGAGUUCAUGCCCUUCUUGCUUCCUUGUGUCAACGAGGUCUGGAGUCUACUCGUGGGUCUAGACCAGCAGGAGAAGAACGAUCAGUUGGUGGCCAAGGGAAUUCAGUUCCUGUCUUCUACCGCGGCAACUCACUGGCCUCAGUCUCCAUUUGAGGACCCAAAUGUCCUGUCCGGCAUCUGUGAAAAGGUUGUGUUUCCAAACGUUCUGCUUCGAGACUCAGAUGUCGAGCUUUUUGAAGACAAUCCGCUGGAGUAUGUGCGGCGGGACAUGGAAGCAGCUGACCAGGAGACCAGGAGACGAAGUUCCAUGGACUUGGUCAAGGCCAUGGGCCGGCUCAAUGAAGCGAAGGUGACCGAAAUCCUGAUCGGCUAUGUAAAAGCGCUGAUGUCCAAGGCUGCUUCGGCUGGUGCCGGAGAAGCAGAGCGCUUCAAGGAUGCUUGCAUUUUCCUGUGCAUAGCCAUGGCAGUGCGGGAGCAGACCCACAGAGAAGGUGUCACUGUGACUAACCAGAACGUCAAUGUGCUUGACUUUUUCACAUCCUUGGUGGCGCCGGAGCUGACCGCGGAGCCGUUGUCCCAGCGACCCGUUCUUCGAGCUUCCUGCUUGAAGUUUGUGACCGUCUUUCGAAAUCAGCUCCCGAGAGAACAAGUCGGUCAAGUGUUACCUGCGAUUUGCAGCCACAUCACCGCUGAGAGUGCGGUGGUGCAUACCUACGCGGCAAUCUGCAUAGAGAAGCUCUUGAGGGUAAGGGAUGCGACGCCGCAGGCAGACCGCCAGCCUGACGUUGACAGGCUCGACGAGACCCGCAUCACUGCCUUUGAUUCUACACUGAAGCCGCCUCCACUUGCGAAGAAUCCGCUGCAGGUGGUUGUCUUGAUGCGUCAUGGAGACCGCACGCCGGUUCGUGACAAGUUCGGCAAGCUCGACAUGUCACAUCUUGGUCCUAAGUGGGCGGCUCUGCUCCCAACGACUCGCGAGCUCCUUGACAUCAGCAGAGUCAGCGUGGAACGAGCCAGCGGCAGUGGGAAGAAUGCGUAUGCACAUUUUGUGGGAGAUGGCAACCUCGGCCAGCUCACGAGGCUUGGAUUUCAGCAGUGCCAAAGAGCCGGAGCCGAGCUGCGAAGACGCUAUGGCGACGCUAUGGCGAUCCGGGCUUUCAGUACUGACUUUCCACGCACAAUCCAGUCAGCUGCUAGUGUGCUACUCGGUUUCGGAUGCGCUACUCGUGAAGACUCAACACAAAGCGCAACAGAGACGCCGUCUGUUGCAAGAAUCCAAGCGCGUGCGCCAGCAGAGCAGACACUGCUGCCCAACUACGAUGGCCGCUCACGCCGCUUUGCAGAAGGCCGUGCAGCUGCCUUGGCCAAGGCGAAAGCCACACAUCUAAAAUCACUUCAUGACAAGCUGGAGACAGCUUUGGUUCCAGUGAUGGGAGAUGACCCUAUGAGUGAAGUGCUCGACUUCAAGCCGUUUUGUGUUCAUCAAGAAAACGUUGGACAAAUUCAAGGUAUCGACUGGGACCUUGUGCACCUGGUGGAGCAUUAUCAAGCUUCGCGGGAGGCUGCUGUGUACUCCGACUGCGAGCUCUUGCGCCUGGGUGCCGGGCGUCUGCUGCAGGAGGUCAUCGACAUCCUUUGUUCACCUGGCCAUGGGAUCACCUUGCUGAUGGCCCACGACAACAUGCUGACAGCCUUUCUCAUCGCUUUGGGAGUUUAUAAGGAGCAGUGGCCUCUUUAUGCCUCGCAGGUGGUGCUGGAGACGGCUCAGUCUGAAGGCGUGGUCAUGGUUCGCAUCCUGGUAAAUGAUGAGGUGUGCCUAGAGUGGCAACCUUGGGCGGAUCUCCAUGGCAAGUUGCACCACUUGGCUAUGUCCAAAGAGGAGUAUGCGGAUCAGAACAGAGCUUCAAGACAGUGCGUCAUGGGUGCGUGGGUGCUUCUGGGUAAUGCCGUAUGUGGGAAAAUGGCCUUCAUCCAUUCUAAACUGUAUCACAUGGCCACCAGUUCAAAUCUGAAAUGCAGAAAUGUUUACAUCGCCGUCUUGUUGCUUUGGAUACCAUCGCUGCGUGAUCAGGGCCAACUUGCCCCACGGUACGACCCGUCGUCCAUGAAGGGGCACCUGCUGCAAACUGUUCAUCCCAUGCUCCAGCUCGUCGCCAGCAGUAAGGGCAUACCCAUGAACGAGUACCUCAUGAGGACCGUCGCGCGCAUUUUCAGCUUCUUGAAGCAGCAGGGCGCAGAAACCGGCCUGGCGACGCUGAGUCCGCUGUCGGCCAUCCUCUUGGCCAUGUCAGCAAAUCCUUCAAAUCCUGUUUUCAAUCAUCAUCUCUUUGAGGCAGUCGCCUCGAUUGUGAAGGUUUGUGUACCUGCGCAGCCUGAUGCUGUGGAAAGCGCACUGCUGCCCACCUUCGGGCAGAUUCUUGAAAGGAAUGUGGUGGAUUUCCUUCCGUAUACUUUUCAGAUUAUGGGCUUGCUGCUUGAUGCUUCCCCGAGCAUCAAGCCACUCUACACAGAGCUUUUUGCAAGGCUCUUGAACCCGGAGCUUUGGCGUUCCCAGGCAAAUGUGCCGGGUCUGAUUAGACUUCUGCGUGCAUACUUUGCAAAACAUGCUAGUUUUGCCGAGCUGCUGAAGACGCACAUGCAGGCGAUCCUUGAACGGUUCCAAUUCGUUCUCAUGAAUCGGAAGACCGAGGUGGCAGCACUGGACCUGCUGAACGCGAUAUACCAGUAUCUGCCGAUUGAGUUUUACCAGCAGUUUCUCAAGACUCUGAUGACCGUUUUGUUGACUAGACUUCAAAGCAGCAAGUCACCAAAGUUCAAGCGCGACUUUGUUGUCUCGUGCUCGCUUUGCAUCCACAAGAACCAGUCAGUAAUACCACUCUUCAAUGAGAUUCAGGCUGGCCUGCUUAGCAACCUUGUGCUCAAUGUUUGGCCACCCGUGCUGAAGAUGCCGCUGAAAACGGACGAACGCAAGGUGUGCGUUAUGGCAGUAGCCCGACUACUGUCUUUAGAUGAGAUGAGACAGAACACGCAGCUGGUUGGGGCUUGUGCUGUUGGCCUCGUUCACUUAUUGGGCCUGUCCUCGUCGAACAACAAGUCGAAGUUGAACGGCGACGAGGGAUCCGAUGACGAAUUUUUGGAGAAUGGAGGUGCAGGUCAGGAGUAUGAAGUCUCCUUCAACAAGCUCCAGAACACUGACCUCCCCGGUGCAGCAGCCGGACUGGCGCCAGACGUCCCCGAGCUGCAGUCAGCUGCGAAAGCAGCCCUGAAGCCAGUUCUUGGCGCCGCUGCGAUGCAGCUGGCAUCAGCAAGUGCUGAGUUGCAGCCACUGGCGGUUUUCUUGCAGUAG